AUGAUUUGGGUGAGUAAUCUCCUCCUUCCAGGCCUUCCGUGGGAGUUCUGUUACGAGGUCAAAUUCUAUCCGACCGUACCAUCUUCACUUAAUGAUGAUCAUGCACGAUAUAAUCUUUUUCUACAAUUGAGGAAUGAUGUUUGUACUGGGAGACUGCCAGCAACACUAGAGACACAUGCUACACUAGGUUCGUUAGUGGCUCAAGCCGAAUUCGGUGAUGCUAAGCCAACACCUGAAUACGAACAAUAUUUACGCUCAACGAAAUUUGCCCCACAAAUGAGUGAUCAGUUGAUUGAAAUGAUAGCACAGAAACAUAAGGAGCAUAAAGGUUUGACGCCAUCAGAAGCGGAAAAUCUGUAUCUGGACACAUGCAAACAGCAGACGAUGUAUGGUAUCUUCGUCUUCAAUGCCAAGGACAGUAAAAAUGCCCCAGUCGGGAUUGGAAUAUGUGCCCAUGGAAUCUACAUCUAUAAAGAUCAAAUCCGUGUGAAUCGCUUCCCUUGGCAGGGCAUCAAUAAAAUCUCUUAUCGCAAAAAUCAGUUUGCUAUCAAGCUGAAAGCUGGAGAGAUCGACAAAAAGGAAGCUACAGUAACGUAUAAGGUCGCUGACUAUCAUGCUGCAAAACGAAUUUGGAAGUGCGCCGUUGAACAUCACACAUUCUUCAGGUAAUA